AUGCAUGAUCAAAAUUAUGUAUCCAACCCUCAUCGCCAUAACCACGGAGCGCCCUGCUUUUGGGAAACAACUGAAAGUUAUCAAAGACAAUGGUCAUUUCCAGCAGUCCGGAUUCUCUAUCCGAUCCCAGAAAUUUCGCCUGCGGGUGAACAUUGCAAUGACGGAACGAUAGUUUGGGAGACCUGCACACAAUUGAAUGCCGAGAUCCCCAUGAGGGUUGGUCCUGAACAUGCUCAACAUACUGGAUAUUGUAUUGUUAGAAAACUAGACCACUGUAGAUAUUGGAGGCCUCAACAAUCGGACCCAUUUGUUUGUUGUUAUCACCUCUUGAAACGGGUGGAGGCAACAACCAGGAAAGGGUAUUGUCUUGGAGAAAACUGUCCGGGACUCGAGGGGGCAAGAAGUAUCCCCGUCGUUGACUACGAUCUUGCAGCUUAUUAUUCCGGCGAUAAGUUACGAUACGAAAGAGAACGGCUUGCUUUGUUGAAAGCAGAGGAGGAAACUGGAAAGGAUGUGAGGUUUCAAUGGAAAAAUAUGGAUGGACCAGGGUAUGAGACUUUUGAAGAGGAGAACAAAAAAUACAAGUUUGGAUUUCAAGGACGCAACAGAGUCCCCAAGCCGGUUAUGAGCUACAUGCCAAAUGACAGUUGGUGGCGGCCGUAUUAG